AUGUUGGAUCGACAAGUUCUGAGGGUUAUACGAUUAACCCUAUCGAGAUCGGUUGCCCACAACGUUAUCAAGGAGAUGACUACUGCAAAUCUCAUGACAGCUUUAUUAUGUAUGUAUGAAAAACCAUCGGCGAAUAUCAAGGUGCAUCUGAUGAAAAAGUUAUUCAACUUGAAGAUGACGGAAGGUAACUUUGGGAAGGUAUAUCUGACUGAUGGAAAAGCUCUGGACGUGGUGAGAAUGAGAGACGUUGAUAUUACACUCCCUAAUACUUUGCAAAAGCAAAUUGCCAAUCUUCCGGUGGCGGGUUCUUACGGAUCGAAAUUCGCACCAAAUCUCGGCGCCAUGAUGCCGAACCCUGCUUCCUCCGCUCCCCCAUCCGCCGCAGAUAUCGUGGCCUCUCCGCAACCCUCCUCUUCCUCAAAGCCCGUCCUCACUUCCCCCACCCCAUCCUCUCCCGCCAUCCGCUCUCCCAUUUUCUCCGCUCAGCCCCUUACGGGGAAGCCCAUCAACCCUCCCGCUCCGCCUCCUCCCCCCCACGGCAUUCUUUAUCCCAUCGGAGCCGCUGUUCAUCGGGGAUUCCCGGUGCGAGCCGCCGCAGGCGUCCGGGCGGUCGAUCAGUUGGUAACUGUGGCGAAUCCUGCGGGGUACCUAAGAAACAGCAGCCCCAUGGCGGUUAUGAACUUUGCCGCGGCGAUGGCCGCCGCGUCGCAAGCUAGGCCCUAUGUGUACGGUGGCGUCGAGCACACCGCGGCAGCUACGGCUGCUGCUUCGCAUGGGAUGAGGCCGCCUCCGCCUCAGGGGCAGCAGCAAGCUCAUCAUUUUGUGGCACCACGUCCUGGAGCAUCCCGAGGGGCUUCCGUGCCCGCUCAUCCCAAGGUUACUUCACUUCCGGCCAUGCCUAUAGUCCCUGAACACAGUGAUACCAAGGAGAGGAGCAAAAGCAUAGAUGAUGCUUUUGUGAUGAUUCAUGGAAGAAAGGUUAGGGUUGUGGAUGGUGCAUCGCCCUCCUUAUACACUCUUUGCCGGUCUUGGAUACAGAGUGGGUUGACUCAAGAAACUCAUUCCAAUGUUGGUGAAGCUAUAAAGCUACUUCCCAAACCACUUCCUCCAUCUAUUGUCAAAGAAAUGUUGAACAAGAAGGUAGACGAUACGGUUGAUGAAGAUCUUCAGGAAGAUGAGUGGGGAGAUUCCGUCGACCAGCUAUCCGCACAAGAACUUUUAGCAGGUCAUAUAACGCGAGCUAAAAGAGUUCGGGCAAGGUUCAGAAGAGAACGGCUUCUAAGAAUCGAGCGUUACAAACAAAGGCUCUCCCUUCUCCUUCCUGCACCAAAUGAUAUUGGUCAGACUAAUAAUACUACUGCAGGGAACUCAUAACCUCAAUUUACUUGGUGCUCAUGCUGGCAAUGAAGCAAUUAUUCCAGGUAGCUGCUUUUGUAAUUAUUUUUGCCUCUCCCUCUGCUUGUUUACUUUGUUUAUAUACUCUAGUAUCCUAGGAUGGCAUGCAAGCAUAAUUAUUAUUAUUAUUAUUAUUAUUAUUAUUAUUAUUAUUAUUAUAUUUUCUUUGAUGAGGGCCACUUUGAUGUUAUGGCUUAUUGUUAGUUGUAUCUUAGAAAUAUUAU